AUGGCUUGGGUUUCAAUAAAAGGUUAUGUGCAAUGGAACCUCAAACGUGUAAUAGAGUUAGUAACAGAAAAGGCAAGCCAAAUGGGACCAAAUGAAUGGAAAGCUCUAUGUGAUAAAACAAAAAAAAAAAUUGAAGACUUUUACAUAGAAAGUGAUCACAUAAUAGACAAUUUGAAGGAUACGGAGAUAAUUAUCAGACUUGGAGAAGAUUCGUCAGACAGCGACUCAGGGGACUCAGGUAGUUCCUCAUCGUCAUCUGACGAAAACGAUAAUAUAUUAACUCCUGGAACAAGUAGUGUAUUUUCUAGAGUUGAUAUACCUGGUUGCAGCCGCGUUACAAACGAUAAUCUUCCCGCUGGUGUAUCAUUUAUUGACAGUGACAGUGACUAG